AUGAAGAGGCCUUCUGCACUCCAGAAACCUUCGUUCACAGGCAGGGGGGAUGCCAAGAAGAAGGCCCACACGAAGGACCAUCAGAAGAAGGCUGGCAAGCCUUCUGACGUUACCUACCACAACCCUUCCUGGCAUAAAGCUUGCAACAACUGGCAAUUGAAGAGCAGCCAUGGGUACAUCAUGUCGGACACCUUGCUCCAAAAGCUGAAGCAAGGGGUGAAGCUGGCUGAUGUGAGGGCCAUGGGAGCCGAGAUGAUCAAUGUCUCGCGGGAGAAGGCCGUUGUUGCAAAGCACCGUGGGGCAGAUGCAGGCCCAGAGGGAAAAGCUGGCUCUGUCAAGAAGCUUACGGAGUCUGAGCAGCUGAAGGUACCUGAGGAGCCUGAGAAAGCCGAGGAAGCCGAGAAGGCCGAGGAUGAGUUGGAGGAGGGCGGAGAAGAGGAGCCGGAGAAGGUAGAUGAUGAGGUCAUAGAAGCGGGCGCUGCUGCUGCUGCUGCUGCUGCUGCUCCUGAGGAGUCAUUUUUUGACGACACCCAAAGGGAUGUCGACUUGUCCAGACUUAGAGAUGGUGGUGCGGAGAGUUACAACAUUCAUUGUGCAGUGGCGCAUUGCCCUGUGAUUUUUUUCCUUGCUGCAUCGCAGCCAGAAAAGCAAGUUUGGAACACCUGGCACCCAUAG